UAUUCUGGGACAAUUAGUACUUUCCUAGAAAAGGAAAAUGUGGCUGGUAUGCGCAACUCCGAAAAUAGCGACGUUCAAGCUUGUCACCUGACUCCUCAAAAAAAUGAAAUAGAUAUAAGGUUUGACUUUACGAAUCCGAAAGCAAACGGCACAAUUCCAUUAAAGAAGAUUGCUUUAACGGUUAAAGAUGGUGAAACUAUCAAAUGUGCUUGGAAAAAGAAUAAGGGUGCCGAGGUUCAUAAAGUGGAUUCCUGUGACCUAUAUACUGAACAUGGGCUAGUGGCUAAUCUGUGGAAUAAAACUGUCAACUUUAAAAGUACUUCUGCCUCUGCGGAAGUGAGAAUCAAGGUUCCAAAGGAAUAUGAAUCCAAACUUCCCUUUAAUUUCAUCCUGAGAAGUUGGGGCAGUACAAAGAAUGGUCCGCAGUGUACUUGCUAUAGGUAG